AUGAAUCCGAUCGUUAAAAAAGCGAAUAAAAUCGCAUGGAAAGUGGAAAAUAUCGAUGAUUUGAAUAGCAACGGAAAAAUCAGCGAGGAUUUCGUCUGCAAUGGUUUGAAAUGGUGAAAAAUUGUUGUUUUUUUGCCUUGUGAAAUCCAAUGUAAACGUGUUUGUUUCAGGAAACUAAAAGUGAAAACUACAUGGACCGCAAACGGCACAUUUUUGUCGGUGAAUUUGUAUCACGAAAACAAUGCAUCGAAUUGGUUGACAGAAGUCGAAUGCUCUUUCAAAGUCUUGGAUAAAAAUGGAAAGCAAUUGGCAAAGAAGUCCAACUUGUUCGGUGUGUUGACGAAUAAAUCAAAUGAUGUGGGAUCUACUCGUUUUCUUAAAUGGUCUAAUAUUUUGCCGAGCGACAACUCGAAAAUCGAUUUCGUCAUUGUGGAAUGCGAAUUCAGCUUCAAUUUGUACGAUUUCUCGAAAAACCCGGCGAUUUUCUCGGAUGCAAUCAUCAAAAUCGGAAGUGUCCAGCUGCAUAUUAACAAAGGAGUGAGUUUUUUGUUCACUAGGCGAAAUAAAAUAACAUUCCUAAUUUUCAGUUUUAUUGUGCAUAUUCCAAGAUUCUUCUCAGAGACUUGGUCAAGAAAAAUGAAUCAGAAGUCACAAUCAACGAUGUUGAAGCAGAAGAUAUGGUGAUGGUAUUGGCUGCAUUAUUGCCAAAUCCAAUUGAUAUUACAGGUUGUUACACGUGUUUUUUCCUCUACAAACAAUCUGAAUUUCAGAAUCGAACUACAAUAUUCUGAUGAAGUUGUCGGAAAAGUUCGAAAUCGAUACAUUGAAGGAAAAAUGCGAAACAUACUUCAAAACUGAUUUUUUGCUCGGAUCUUCUGGAGAAAAUUGGCGAAACUGAGACUCCACAAGUCAAAAGACGUCGAACAUCGAUUUAUUCGCAAAGCAAUCAACAACUUGUGAGUUAUUGAAACUUACGUUAGAUACUUUAUGAAUCUUUCAUUUCAGAAUAAUUUGAUUGCAAAACUGAAGCGCGGAGACGAGUUCAAAGUUCUUUUCAAGCACGAUUCCUUCAAAAAUCUCGCGGAUUCCACAAAAAUUCCACUUAUACAAAGCGAGCUCCAAGUUUCUUUAAAAUAA